AAAAUGUUGUUGUGCUUAUGUUAUCAAUAUUAUUGUGUUUAUGUUACAUUACAUACCAGUUAAUAUACAAACAAAACAAUAUAGAAAAUGGCUAAUAUUGAAAACAGACAAAAAAAUACACGUACUAGAAAGCGAAGAUCAAAUAGUGAUAGUGAAUUGGUGCUAGCCAACUAUUCAGAAAAGUGUUUUUCAGCAUCAUCUCCUGAUCAAAAAUAUUUCUUUAAUCCUUCUAUUGGAAUCAAUUCGUAUGCAAUUGAUGACAUUGACAUUUCUGCAGAUAAUCCAUUUUUCAAUGCUCGUUUUACAAUGGAUCCUGCACAGAUGUUUAUGCCUGUUAAAGAACAUGAUGCAUCAUUGAACAUAAGUGUAUCUUCAACACAAAUUGAAAAUAAUCCAACAGAACUUUGCAAAAACGAACAUGAAUUCAUGAACUCUGAAUACCUAAAUAAUGUUAAUUCUCAGCAGGAUUUUCAAACUGUUAGCAUAAGCAAAGACUUUGAAAUGGUUUCUUAUAUACAAAAUUCAACUGAAAAAAAAGACUUUGAAAAUCCUUAUAUUCAAAAUUCAGCUGAAAAAAAAGAGUGUGUUAACAAAAUGUGGAGUCUAAUGAAGGAAGAUAAAAAAAAUCUUAUUGAGAAAGGUUUAGAAUGGAAAAGUGGGUUAUGGAGUCCUGGAGAGGAAAUCAUUUUACAAUCUAAUAUCACCAAAUAUUGUAAAAAAAAUGGUUUAUCUGAUGCAUCCAUAAUGAUAUUUUCAACUCCCAGAGAAAAGAGAAAGGAAUUUUAUCGAUCUAUAGCAAUUGGUCUUAACCGACCAUUAUUCACUAUUUAUCGAAAAGUUUUAAGAAUGUGCAAUGAAAAAAACUAUGUUGGAAAGUAUACACAGGUUGAAGUUGAAAAACUUGCUGAACUUUGUCGUAUUCACGGGAAUGAUUGGGCUACAAUAGGGCAUCAUCUCGGAAGAAGUCCUGGAUCAGUAAGAGAUAAAGCAAGACUUCUUAAAUGUCAUAAAAAGAGAGGUAAAUGGAGUGAAGAUGAGUUAAAACAUUUAUCAGACAUUGUUCAUGCUCAAACAAAUACUAAAAAAGGAGAAAGUAUAACUGGAGGAAUAAACUGGGCAAAAGUAGCUGAAAAUAUUGAGACAAGAACUGAAAAACAAUGUCGAUCAAAAUGGUUAAACUUUUUGAAUUGGUCUGAAACUGGUGGUAAAAAAUGGAAUAAAUUUUGUGAUUUAGAGCUUAUCAGUAAAAUUGGAAAUUUAAAUGUUAUCAAUGAGUCAAAAAUUGAUUGGAGCAAUCUGGCUAAAGAUUGGUGCAGUGUUCGUUCACCACAGUGGUUAAAACACAGAUGGCACGGAAUCAAAAAACAUGUACCAAAUUAUCAACAUUUAACAUUAAAUGACAUAAUAGGUUUUUUGCAAACCAAUUAUGUUAAAGAAGUUAUUCAUAAAUUAAAUGAACAUGUGUCAGUCAGAAAUAAUCGAGAUGAACUCGUGCUUACGUCGAAUGAUCAAUCAUUGGUUCAAGAGUUUCAAAAAGAAGCUUCACACUCAAAAUCUUCACAGUCAAAAUCUUUUAUUAACAAAAAUCAACUUGAAAUAUUAGAACAAGUAAACGAUCCAUCUACUUUAAUACCCCUUUCAUCUCAAGAAGAUACGACGCAUGGGAGUUUCACAAUUUUAUUUUAGAAAAAAGUAUUUAUCGAUUUAACUGC